CCCUCAAGCCUUUUGUCAGUUCUAACUUUUCUUAAUGAACCAUAAUAUCCUUGGAAAACGUCUUUUAGGAUAGAAUACAAAUGAACAGAAAUAAAAACACAUGCUAAGGUUUAGCUGAGCAAGUUUUGAAUUUUGCGUUUUGAAUUUUACAGUUAACUAAGGAUUGGUCCGUAAAUAAGGAUUUUAAGGACGUGGCGGCUUGGCAUUGGAUGGGGAGAGUAUUGUGUUUCGUUUGGAGAGAAAAACAUUUCAUUUCGAUUCAACACGAGAAAAAAAAAUUUGCUCUCGGCCACAAAGAGGCGAUUGUGCAGUUCUUGAUUUAUCUUGGCGAGAAAGGCGAUGAAGGCGAGAAAAAAGCUUUCCUCUCGGCGAGAAAGGCGAUUGUGCUCUUGUUGAUUUCUCUUGGCGACAAAUCCGACAAAGGCGAGAAAAAAAAAUUGUUCGUUUAUACGAACUUGGAGUUUCGUUUCCUCAAAUUCUAUUCUUAUUUGGUAUAAUAGUUGGUGAGAAUUUGACUGGAUCCUCUUCUGUGAAUUAGAUGUUCUUGUUUGUGUUUGCAAUUCUAUAAAUUUUCGUGGAGUUUUGGACUUUAGUUGUAUGUCUGCUGUUAAGUUUCUUCUUUUGAUUGUCUAAGGAGGUUGUUUUAGAUACAAUUUAAUCGGUUUUGUUUUAAAAGUUUUUUUUUAUUGCUUCUUUAGCAUAUUUUUCAAUGAAGCUUUUGUUUGCUAAUGUUAGAUAUUGAAUGCUGAUAAGUGAAUAUCCUCACUAGUUUGAUUUUCUGGAGAGAAAGUUUGGUUCUUUUUUCUUUUAUACAGAUCUACACUGUCUAUGAAUCAUCUUGUUGCAUUCCCUUUAAUAUGUGGUUGUUUUAGAGUCAAUUUAAUCGGUUUUGUGUAAACGUUUUGGUUUUCUAUUUCUUCUUUAGCAUAGUUUUCAAUGAAGCUUGUGUUUAAUGUUUGGUUUCCUAGAGAAAUUUGGUUCUUUUUUUCCUUAAAUCAAAUUGCACUGUUUAUAAAAUCUUCUCGACAGUUCUCAAAGUUUGUGUCUUUAGCCCUUAUCUUGACUCAUUCUCUUUUGUUUUUGGCACUGCUAAUCACUUUCAUGUAUUCCUUUUAAUGUGUUUGUACUAUAAAGGUGUUAGUUUCCAUUCCCUGCGAUGGUAGAUAAAGGUCAAGUCAUCAGACUCUGUCGUUCCCUGCUUCGGGCAGGGCGUCAGUUGCCUGACUACAACAUCAGGGAGUACGCUAAGCGAAGGACCUUCGAUGGGUUCCGCAUGAACAAGAAUCUCACUGAUCAUUCUAAGGUGGAGAAGGCUUAUGCUGAAGGUAAGAAGCAGCUGGAGGUUGUAGAGAGGGUGGUGAAGGUUUACUUGGCAUAUCCUCCCAAGACCAAGAACAUCAUGGAACUCAAGCUUCACUAGUGGAUAUGUAUGUUUGUCACUUUUAAUACACUCCCAAAGCUAUUUGUUAUUGUUAUUGGUCAUGUUUCUUAGUUCUUUCCCAACUAUGAGACAUUUGCUUUGUGUGAUUCUCAUGUAAUCUUUGUGGCAUCAGACCUUUAUUAAGUGAAGAGAAUAAUCUUGUAUUAGAGCGAAGAGAUAAAGAGUCCUUUUUGCUGA